AAAAGAUUUCACUUUGUAGUUAUGGCCAGGCCAUCUUCAAGUUCUUUAUCUUUUGUGCACCUUGCCCAGGAAAAGACCAGGGAAAAGGAACGGGAGAAUAGCUUUCAAGCGACCACCGAAAAGGAAGACAUAAAUACCGAGAAGUAUGUGCUUCAAAAUAAGACUUUAACGAGAAAUAACGAAAUAAUGACUACCAAACUUUUGCAAAUGGAGAAGCGUGUGGCGGACCUAAUUAACGAAAAUGUGCUGUUACGAGCUAACAAGACCGAAUUGGAUGUGAAGCUUCAGUUGGAAGCCAAAUUGGAUCUAUUAGAAUCAGCGCUCACUGAGAAGAUCAAUGACAUAUACCACUGCAUUCAAACUUUCAGAGAACGCGAGGGACUUAGCACUCACAAAAGACCUCGGCUAGGUGAAGUGGCAGAGGAACCCGCAAAAAGUACAGUUCGGUUGAGAAGAUACAGUUUGGGACCCGGACCCAGAAGACGGAGUAUUGGCAGGCCCAUCAAGAUCUUUGAAGAUGUGACUCCAGAGGUGGAAAAGGAAGCUGAAGACAGAGUGGAGAUCACAGAAGCAUUGCCACAAGAAGAUAAAGAAAACAGAACGCCUCCAGCGACUCUGGAAAGCGACAUGUCGUCUCCUUCUCCAACGGUCAACAGAAAGAGGGUUCCACAAAAGCUUAACUUUGAGUCUGCAAAAAGACACACCAUGUCUUCUUUGGAGGAACCUACUGUCAAAGCUGCUCUGCAAGAACCUGUUUCCAGGAUCACGAAGUCUGGGAGAUCUAGGAUGUCGAUGCCGUUUCUCAGCCAGGAGGUCCCCAAACGGUCUUCGAGACACAGAAAACCAGUGGACUACAAAGAACCGUCUCUUGGGAAGAAAAUGAGACGCGAGUCUGCGCAUUUUGUGGAUGCUGUUACCGACGACUACUACACAUGUGUGAAGAAAGAGAAACACAGAACCCCCAUGAGUAGAGUUGAUUCCAAUAAACCGAACUUGCCUCACAAGGUCCAGUCGAAGAAAAACGAUGAUAUUUCAGUCGACGAUUUUACUGAUGGCGCCAAGAGAACUAGUCGAAGAUAUACCAUCAAUAACUAAUGUACAUAAUGUUUCAAACUCCACCUCACAUCAAACACUCAUCUUCAUCUUAAUAGGCGGAUAUGGCUUGUAGUCGGUGAUUUCAAAGUCCUCGUACCUGAAGUCAUCUAUCGAUUUGAUCUCAUCUUUUCUGUCCGACUUAAUCACCAAUUUGGGAAAGUCUCUUGGAGUCCUCUCCAUCUGCUCCUUCAAAGCAUCCACAUGAUCGAGGUAGACGUGACAAUCUCCCAUGGUGUGUAUGAACUCUCCACAGUCCAUAUCUACCACAUGUGCAAUCAUCUUGGUCAUGAGAGCAUAAGAAGCGAUAUUGAAAGGAACUCCCAAACCCAUGUCACACGAGCGCUGGUACAUCAAACACGACAAUUUGGGCUUGCCACCUUGGGGGAAAUUGACGUAAAACUGGCAGAAGACGUGGCAUGGAGGCAAGGCCAUCUUACUAAAAUCGGACGGAUUCCAAGCAGACAUGAUGAUUCUUCUGUCGUAAGGAUUGGUUUUUAACCGUUUGAUGAUUUCUUGUAAUUGGUCAAUCCCCUGGCCCGUGUAGUCGGCAUCACAGUCGGUGUAUGUGGCACCAAAGUGUCUCCACUGGAAACCAUACACGGGUCCUAAAUCACCUUCUCUGCGUUGAGUCAACCCUAAAGAGUCCAAGUAUUCUCUUGAGCCGUUUCCUUCCCAGAUCUUGACUCCCAAGUCCGACAACUUCUUACCAUCAGUGCACCCGGCAAUAAACCAUAACAAUUCGUGGAUGAUACCUUUUGUGAAUACUUUCUUGGUGGUUAACAAUGGGAAAGUAUCGUUAGCCAAAUCGAACCUCAAUUGUGGAGGAGCAAAAAGCGACUUGGUACCGGUACCAGUUCUAUCUGGCCGGUGUUCACCUUCGUUUAUAAUCCUUCUACACAAGUCCAAGUACGCUUGUUCAGCAUUAUUUGCCUUUACUGUCAUGUUUGGUGU